UAGCUGACUUGAGCUGUGAAGCACUUUGUGUAUCAAAAGAGCCCACUGGUCAAGAAGGCAGCCAUGGGGCUGCUGACUGGGGAUGUUCUGUUCUCUGUGGUCAUGGCCGUGGUCGUCUUCCUGCUCCUGGUGGACCUGAUGCACCGGCGCCAACGCUGGGCUGCUCGCUACCCGCCAGGCCCUGUACCAAUGCCCGGGCUGGGCAACCUGCUGCAGGUGGACUUCCAGAACCUGGCGUACUCCUUCUGCAAGCUGCGACGUAGGUUCGGGGACGUGUUCAGCCUGCAGCUUGCCUGGACUCCAGUGGUCGUGCUCAAUGGGCUGGCAACGGUGAGGGAGGCUCUGGUGACCCAUGGCGAGGACACCUCAGAUCGGCCCCGAGUGGUCACCAACGAAUUAAUGGGCUUUGGAUCAAGAUCCCAAGGCAUUAUUGGGGCUCCCUAUGGACCUGCCUGGCGUGAGCAGCGGCGCUUUGCUGUGUCCACCCUGCGCAACUUCGGCCUGGGGAAGAAGUCUCUGGAGCAGUGGGUGACCGAGGAGGCCUCCUGCCUCUGUGAUGCUUUUACCAAUCAUGCUGGGCACCCCUUUUGUCCCAGUCACCUCUUGGACAAGGCUGUGUGCAACGUGAUCGCCUCCCUCAUCUACGCGCGUCGAUUUGAGUAUGACGACUCCAUUGUGAUCAGGUUGACAGAACUGAUGGUGGACAGUGUUAAGGAGGACAAUGGCUUGUUGCUUCAGGUAGUGAACUCAGUGCCACUGCUUGCGCGCAUCCCAUGGGUGGCUGCCAAAGUCCUGCCCGCGCAGAGGUCCAUCAUUGCCUUAGUUAAAGAUCUGUUGACUGAGCACAACACAACCUGGGACCCAGACCAGCCACCCCGAGAUCUGACUGAUGCUUUUCUGAAUGAAGUACAUAAGGCCAAGGGGAAGUUGGAGAACAGCUUCAAUGAUGAGAACCUUCGCCUGGUCGUAACUGAACUUUUUGCAGCAGGGAUGGUGACCACGUCAAUCACAAUGUCCUGGGCCCUGCUGCUCGUGAUCUUACACCCGGAUGUGCAGUGCCGUGUCCAGGAGGAGAUCGAUGAAGUCAUAGGGCAGGGGCGCCGCCCAGAGAUGGCAGACCAGGCCUGCAUGCCCUUCACCAAUGCUGUGAUUCAUGAGGUGCAGCGCUUUGCAGACAUUGUCCCCAUGGGUGUGCCCCACAUGACAUCUCGUGACACUGAGGUACAGGGCUUCUGCAUUCCCAAGGGGACUAUACUCAUCACCAGCCUGUCAUCUGUGCUGAAGGAUGAGACUGUCUGGGAGAAACCUUUCCACUUCCACCCUGGACAUUUCCUGGACAGCGAGGGCCGCUUUGUGAAACGUGAAGGGUUCAUGCCCUUCUCAGCAGGUCCCCGCACGUGCCUUGGGGAGCCCCUGGCCCGCAUGGAGCUCUUCCUCUUCUUCACCUGCCUGCUGCAGCGCUUCAGCUUCUCUGUGCCUCACGGGCAGCCCCGACCCAGCGACCGUGGUAUGGUUUCCUUCCUAGUAGCUCCAGCCCCCUACCAGCUCUGUGCUGUGCCCCGCUAGAUGGACCACCGUGGCCCCUACUUGUCCACUACAUGGA